AUGCUGUAUGAUAUAAAUCGAUUUCAUGUUCUCGCUUUCAUCACUUGGCAAUUUGCCAACUAUUUCGCAGGUCAGAAUAUUUUUGGAAUCUAUUCGAAUCAUGUUCCGAAAUGGAAGUGCGGAAAUGAUUCACAGCCAACAAAGGACUGUAAAGUGUAUAUUUCGUGCCCGAAAAACAAGUUGAUUUUCGUGGAUCCAGCAUUUGAUUCGGCAGCAAUAGAAUUCGAUUGGAUAUGUGGAUCAUCUGCAUUUUAUCAGUCAUUUUUCUCACAAAUUCAGUUCGGUGGCCUCUUAAUCGGAACAUUACUUUUUGGUUCAUUAUCUGAUAGAUUUGGAAGAAAACCAAUUGGAAUUCUGGUGGUUUCUAAUGGAAUUUGUUCUACUUUUGCAAGUGGACUUGCCCCGAAUGUGACUGUAUUAUUUGCAUUGAGAUUCUUCGUUGGUUUAUCUAUCGGAGGCAUGCUCGUAGUUCUCUGUGCAUGGAUAAUGGAAGUAAUUCUUCCACAACAACGUAUGGUUUUACGUGGAUUCUUCAAUUGGGGAUGGACUAGAAUCGCAUUGACUGCAGUUUGUUACUUUACUCGUGAAUGGAGACUUGCCUCCUUUACAACUGCAAUUUCUCUGAUUCCUGCUCUUCUUCUUGUCAUCUUCGUGAUUCCUGAAAGUCCAGUUUGGUUACACAGCAAAGGAUUCAAAUCGAGAAUGAUUCUGAGUGAAAUUCACAUUGCAAAAGUCGCUGGUGUCCCAUAUACUCCUGUUGAACAUAAACUUCUUCGUCCGAAAGGAUUAAUUGAGACUUUGAGAACAAAAGGAAUGUUCAAGAAGUUGCUCGUUUUGUGGUCAAUGUGGUUCAUUGUGGCAAUUUGUGGAGGUGCAAUUGAUCUGAAUUCAGGAACAUUGGCUGGAGAUCUAUAUUUGAAUCAAUUAUGCUUUGGAGUUCUACUUGUCUUCUCUAAAAUGCUACUUCUAUUUGUGGACACUAAUUUUCCAAAUUUUAAAAGAAGAACUCUGCAUCAAGGAUCUCUAAUUGGAACUCUUAUUUGUGUAAUCAUAAUGACAUUCUACACUGCAUCAGAUUAUCAUGGAAUUGCUGUAUUGAUAACUUAUCUCAUUGGAACUGCAUUCUUAGAAUACACGUGGGAUGCUUGUUAUCUUUGUGCAAUUGAAUUAAUGGAGACUCCCUCAAGAGCCAGUGCAACUGGAUCCUGCUCAUUAUCUGCUCGAGUCGGAAUGAUUCUGGCUCCAAUGUUAACUCAUUCCAAUCAGUGGUGGCCGUACUCGGUCAAUGCUACUGUAAUGGUUUUGGGAACAUCCAAUCUUCUCAUUUCUUACUUCUUUUUGCAAGAAUCAAAAGGUGUGAAUUUGGAUGAUGUUCAUGUGGAUGAUACUCCAUCGAAUGAUUCCAAAACUCUAGAAGAAACUGAAGCGAUGGUGCAGAAAGUUAGAGAAUAA